AUGUCGUACGAUCUAACUCCCAUUUAUGCUUUCUAUAGUCUAGUCCCAAAGUUUAAUACCUAUUUUGUGCAUUACUGCACGUUUGUUCGAACUAUGUAUGGCCGACGUCGAGCCGCAGCUUUGCCUCAUAUCUCCAGACGCCAGGGUGAUGUUGUAACAACAGAUGAUGUUCAGCAUGUUGACUGUCCAGAAGCCUCUAUUGAUACAUUGCAUUAUCGUCUACUGAGUCGAUCGAGGCCUGUGGGAGCGUCGUUCAUUUCUUCAUCAUCAUCCAGUAAUUCGUCACGUUCACCACCUCCACCAACAAGACGAACACGUCAGGUUCGUAGAAUAGACCGAACUCAUCAUCUGUCCCAGCGUUCUACUGCUAAUCCAAGAUCACGUAGUCGUGGUUUAUCAGAUAACCUAGAACCAAGCAAUCCCAAUGUUCCAGCUUCUCUUCCUCGUCGAAGUCGUCGACGCACUUUCGUCCGUUCUCCAUUUCUUCAGCUUCUGUUCUCCUCUCAUGGAAGUCCUUCAUAUCAGAAUGAGUCGACCACUGAAAGUGUUAGAAUAAACCUGGAGAGUUUUAACGAUGAUAGUAUCCAAUUAACUCGCACUGAAGACCUUGAUUCCAGUAACAGACCUGGACGUUUACGUACCACCAGGUCUGGAAGAAGAGCCACACGUCGCCUGUCAGCAACAAAUACGCGUUCCGUACCUUCUACGAACAUUCCAUCUACCAACCAUCCACCACGUACAAACAAUAGUAGGCGCUCUCAAAGUCUUAUUGAUUGCCCAGACGUUCGGGCGGCACUGGCAGCAGCUAGAUCCACUGGUCUUGAAAGUGACGACGAUUGUGUAAUCUGUUUAUGUGAGAAAUCAAAUCGUUGUGUUGUUUUACCUUGUAUGCAUACGUUUUGUUAUGAUUGUAUUUAUCGUUGGCUCUGUAUCAAUCCUUCUUGUCCAUUGUGUAAACGUUUGGCUCAAAAAAUUAUUCAUUCUGUUCUGUCUGAUACAGAAUUCACUGAAUUAUUAGUAUCUGAUUUACCAAAUAAUAACCGACGUAAUCGAGUGAAUAAUCUAUCCACUACAUUUCGAUUAGAUGAUGAAUACUUAAAUGCAUCACCAGAUGACACCACUAUUCCGCGAUCACAUCAUCAUUAUCACUAUCAUCAUCAUUUAGGUACACAUCAAGUGCGUUUACUCAAUUAUCUCGAUGGAGUGACUCGUUCACCAGAUAGUACUUCGUUAUACAUACCUCCCAUUCUUUUUCCAUCUGAUACCUCAAUAUCUCAAUCAAGAGCGGUUGGCAUUCUUGAUACUUCUUCACACAUGUCAUACAGAUGGAAUCCAGAACUAGGAUCAGCAGAAAAUCGUCGGUCACUUCUAACCAUUUUGGUUGAUAAUGCUCUUCGAUCUAGCACUUCCUCGCUUUUGGAUAUUUUACUACUUCGACAGCUAGUAUACAUUUUCUGUCUUGAUUCCAUUCCUGUCCUACAAGAGUCUGAUCUCACACGAAAUAUCAGUCCAGAAUUUUUAGCAGCAAACGAAACUCAUAGACACAGGCUCGCAUCAUUUGUCCGUCGUGAAUUACGUGUUAUCGCCCCUUGGCUUGCUUAUGACAUUUCUUAUAGUUCGCAGGGAAGUCGUGAAAAUUCGGAGGAUAUCGGGUAUUAUAAUGCCGCUGUAACAUCUCCUCUUAUAUCUGGUCCUCCGGGCUUGGAGGUAGAAACAAGGGAACUCGACAAUUUAACCAAUAUAGUCUUGCAACACAUAUGUACAGUCUCAAUAACAAACGAACAGUCACUUGUUGAUCUUUUGGUAAGUCAACCAGCUCUUCACCCAUCACUGGUACCCCAUGCGUACCUUCAUCAUCUAGCCUCGGAGAUUUUGCAAUUUGCUCAGUUCACCGGAAGCAUGGAAGAAUACGACUCCUCGGUCUGUCUAUAUCGGCGCAGAGUCUCUUUGGGUGGAAUGAUGUCGUCAUCAACUGAAAGACACAGGGAUAGACAGUUCCAAGGACUUUUUCCUGAGCCUCGUUUGGCUGUAUAUAUUGCUUCCGCCUGUUGGCCUCGACUCCGUCCUGGCUUCGCUCAACCUGAAGGACUUAUCAUCCAUCCUCUAAUCAAUUGGCUACUCCAAAGACUGUUCGUUCAUGCUGUCUCUGGCGCUUCUCAUCCUGAUCCCUUACCUGGUACAGGAGGUCCUCCACCUAGCCUACCUAGUCCAUUAGUUUUUCAUGGUCCUUCACUAACUUGUCAUCCUAAUUGUCUUCGUUUAGGAAGUUCUUGUCAUGCUCUUCUUGAAGCCAUCAUAUCUUUCUCCAGAUUAAGAGGUCAAACGUCAGGGCGGACUAUUAAUUUGAGUCAUGAUGGGUCAGUAAGUAGCUCAGAAAUUUUCCCAAACCGUCUUUUAUAUCAACGUGUUUUAAGUGAACUGAUAGAUCAAGCACGGUUCAGUGAAGCUCUUAGUGGUCAAUUCAGUCAAUAUAAUGAUCGUACCCGACUGACGUGCCUUACACCACAAAAUUCAGAAGAAAUUUCUGUCAGUUCUGUUCCAAAUCAACGAACUAGUAGUAGAAUAUCUAUCCGAAAUGUUAUUAGCGUUAGAGAGUCUGCUAAUUACUUACAACCAGCUAUCCAGUCCCACCCACUUGCCCUAAGACGUCUGGAUGGUCUUCUACUUCUUUUCACUGCACGCGUACCUGGUUUAAGAAAUGAUCCAGAACACCUGAUCAGUGAACUAUUACAUAUGCCACUUAUGCCUAUGACUCUAACUCCUUUAGCCGUUAUUGAUCUCACCAGCCCAAGGUCAGUAGUUAAUAGAUCACAAACAUUUUCCAUGCAAUCAGAAGGCCGAGGACAGUCGUUAGAAAACUUGGACACGAUAAGAGCACCAUAUGCAUCAAGGUUCUCAGGAAUUGAUUGGACAUUUCUAAGACAGCCUCCACACUCUUUGUGUCCUCAAACUGAUCGUUCUGUUAAUUCAGCUGCUACUACUAAUGGAUUUACUAACGAUGCUAAUUCUGGUGACUGGAGCUCGGCUGCAUCGAAUCAGCAAACAACGUCUAAUGACAUUUGUCCUUUUAGAGGUAGUCGAAUAUUCCCCUUGAUAUCUUCAGUGGGAUCAAUUACAUCAGCUGACGAGUCCACACCAGUACACAAUUCACCUGGUGGUUGGCGUGACACGGCUCCAUAUGUUGUCAUAUCAUCGGACUCCUCAGAUGAAGAAACAAUAGGUCAUAAUGAACCGUGUGUAGCUCCCACUCAAUUCAAUGUAUUAACCUCUGACGAAUCGGAACCAGGUCAUGAAUCUUCCCCAGAUAGUCGAACAAACAGAUGUGAAUCUACUGCAUCUCUUGGUUCGUUAUUUAAGACGUUUUCAAAUAUGCCUUUACAAAGUGAUUUUUCAACUGUAAACGAAUCUGUUCAACACUCAAUCCAAGAAACAGACAAGAAUAAAGCUUUUCAUUUAAACACUGCACAAAGUUAUUCGGGAAUUGACAACAUGCAUAAUGUUAAUACUGAAUUAUCUCUUAGUUCAUCAGUGUUGUCUUCCACCAACACAAAUUCCAACUGGAGUGAUGGUUUCACUGAGCGGCAUUCAGCCAUAUCCCGUCGUGAAGAGCCUAUGGAAGUAGACGAACGACCUGAUGAGAUUUCGUAUUCGACAAUCCCAUCAUCUAGUGCUUGUGGUUCAUGUUUGACUGAUUUACCUAAAAAGUCGACAAAUCUUACAUGUGAAAAUAAGUUUACUGUAGAAUCCGAUUGUUCAAAAAACACUGGAGCUGA